AUGGGAAACGCGUGCAAGAAGAACGCGGCCAAGACGCCGACCCGAAAGGAGGCGGAGGAUCUCGCAGAGAAGGAGCGCCAGGAACGCGAAGCCAAGGAGAAGGCGGAAGCCGAAGAGAAGGCCCGUCGAGAAGCUGAACGGAAGGCUGCUGAACAAGCGGAGGCGGAACGCAGAGAAAACGAGGCGAGAGAACGUGAAGAACAAGCGAGGAAGGAAGCGGAGGCAGAGGCAGCCCGAAAGCAGGCGGCGGAGGCGGAAGCCGCGGAGGCGCAGCGACGACAGAACGAAGCGCAAGAAGCGAAGGAGGCUGAGGAAGCAAAGCGCAAGGAGGAGGAGCGCCUGGCAGCGGAGCGCGCUGCAGCUGAAGAAGCCGAGCGACAAGCAAGAGAAGAGGAAGAACGCCGCCAGGCCGAGGCUGCUGCCGCAGCCGAGCGUGAACGACAGAUGCAAGAGGCGCUGAAGCAAGAGGAAAUGUCCCCGAGAGAAAAGUACGACAAGUUGGCCAGCCCCGAGGACUCCGCCUCAGAGACGACGAUGGCGACUCAGCCCCAAAAAGUAGCAGAGCACAGCAGUGCAGCGGCUACAGACCGAUCUGUCAUGGGUCACACUAUCACUCCUUGCGACAUGGGAGCUAUUGAUGAGACUGCAAAGUACGUAUCGAAGCGAUGUGGAUGCGAUCUAGGUGACCAACAUGAUGAAAACGCGUGCCCGAUAUGCCGUCAAAUCGACUUGUCGGACGCGCCUUUGUUGAACUAA